AUGCCUAUGUGCUCUCUAUAUGGAGCUAAUGAAUGGCACUCUUUUAUUAAGUGGGACACAUCAAGCAACCUUUCUCUACAUGCGGAUACAUAUGCAGGCUUUGGCCCAAAAUUUAUAAAAAGCAAAAUUUGGAUCGCAACCUGGAGUGGUCUCCGUGGGACCACAUAUCACCAUUACAAACAACCGACCACAAUACUUUACUGUGGAAGCGGUAGACGGUGGGGGGGAGCAGGUAAGGCUACUGGAGGGUCUGGAACUGCCGGGGUCCAGACCUUUCAGACGGUCGAGCUCGUCAUCCCCGAAAGCCCCACACCGCAGGCGUACAACUUCAAUCAUGAGCGUAUAAGAUCUCCAACCAGACUUGAGGUCGACUGUUCUGUUUAUCUUGAGACACCUGAUGAAACGCCAACCCAACAGCCACAGAACAAUACAGAGUACACAAGUCCUCGGAAGUACAGAAGUCCUUUACUUAAAUACCUUAUGUUAGUUCUAUUCACAGACACAGUGAUUUUCUUAAUAAAAACAAAGAUCCAGAAAGAUGGCGUUGAGAAAAUUAUGCUUUUUCUUGUGCUCUGCAACGUUGGCAUGGCUUUCCUCUAUGUAGUCACGCCGAUUGUCUACCUCUUGUCGACAUGGACUUGGACAGCGUUGACAAAGCGUCGGGACCAGCCUGCAUUGACUCCAAUCGGCCGGUUGGAAAGCAGGGCGGCCGAACCGGAGCCGGCGACUCCCAGUGUACAGACACCUGAAGCCCCACCGCCUCCGUACCACAUAGCGGUCAAUUCGACUCCGCCUCCAUCCUAUUUCAGUAUAUUUCCCAAAUAGCCAAACGCAUUCUUUCUCACCCAGCACACAACUGCGACUUUUUUCCCCUCAACAAUUUUUACAUUUUAUAAUUUUUUUAUGAACUGUAUAAUUUUAUCAUUCUUAUUUAUAAUUUACUGUUAAUGUAGUUACAUUAUAUUUAUCAACUUAAUCAAAAGUUUUGAAAUGGUGAUCGAGUCGAAAUUUAUUCAAUUUUGACAAAUUCUCCAUUUUGUCAUUUAGUGAGAAAAUGAAUACCAAAUAAAUUCUUCCAUUUUUUUGUACUUCAAGCAUUGACUAGGUGUGGCUUUUGUAAAAGGCACAUACCGUAUGUUUAUUCUUUAUAUUAAGCUCACAAACUAUUCUAUAGAAAAUAAUUAGUCUUUCCACUUAAAAUUUUAUUAUUCAAUAAGUGAAAAAUAAAGCAAUAAGACUGAUGAAUUGCGAUUCCUGUAGAUACUUUAAAACAAGACUUUCAUUUGUCAAAAAACUGAAAUAAAACGUCGAUUCUUUGUAAAAAUGUGUUCCUCGUUAAUAAUUAACUAUUUGAUUUGCGAUUAGCCUAUUUCCUCACUCCUGGCGCAAUAGUUGUAUUCCUUAACAAAACAUUUUUUUAGUGUGACCCAUGAAUAAACAGUUUUAAUAUCAA